ACAUCAAACGUCACCGUGUACAUGAAUCUGUCACUCAUUCCCAUCCUAGCUUCUCCUUGCUGGUAGUUCUAGUACUGUCUUCUGAUCUUCUCUCCGUCCUGCUUUCUUUGGCCGUCGAACCAAGAGACACGACAAUUUUACGCAAACUAGAAACCAGAAGCGAGAUAUGGCGAGUCUCUGCCAAUUGCCGGCGAUAAAUUCUUUCGCUCCUCACAGCAGCAACAAGAGGCUCUCUUGUUACCAGUGUAAGCUCUCUUGUGCUGUACCUCGACGAGUUUCGAGCUCUCGCGGCGUCAAUCCUCUCAGAGUUUCGGUGAAGGGAAAUGAUUUGUUAAUGAAAAAUAGAGGGGGUGGAGUUGGUGCGGUUUGUUACACUGGGCCUAUCUCUGCUCGUAACCUUCAGUGGAUCUCCACCAUCUCCUCUGCGGUUCUGAUGCUUGCCAAGGGCACUGCAAUCCAUAAGUCUUUUAUUGUUCCGUUAUUAGCUCUGCAGGCACCAUCAAGCGUCAUUUCUUGGAUUAAGGGUGAUUAUGGCAUUUGGACGGCAUUCAUAGCACUUCUUGUCCGCCUCUUCUUCUUUGUUCCUGGGGAACUUGAGUUGCCGUUUAUGGCACUACUCUUGGUAAUUGUGGCCCCCUAUCAAGUAUUGAACCUGAGGGAAACACAAGAAGGUGCUAUUAUUGCCUUGGUGAUUGCAGGCUAUUUGGCUUUCCAGCAUUUUUCACGCUUAGGCAACUUGCAGAAAGCAUUUGAGCACGGUUCAAUUGUUGCCACCUUGGCCAUCAUUUGUAUCACCAUCAUCUCAUGCUUGUUCUUAAUCUAAAUUUAACAAAGAUGGUCAGAUAGUAGCGUGCUUUAUUGUUGAUCAUAUGUAAAUUACCGGACUCAUGCAAAGGAUGUCUGAAUAAGAGAAUAAUCGUUAGUUUAUCGUUGAUUCUCAUGUUAUAUAGAAGGAUGUUUCCUUUGAAAUAAGCAAUAAAAUGUCUAGAACUUAGACUUGUAUUAAUAAAUUGGGUAUGAAUGCUAAAGAUCAGUACUCCAUUGCCUUUGAA